AUGGAGUCCGUGGACUUGGUGGUAAUUGGCGCAGGUUGGAGUGGGCUCUCCGCCAUCAAGACCUAUUGCGAGGUCAACCCCAACCACAAUGCGCUCUUGCUGGAGGCCGCCGACUCGGUGGGAGGCGUUUGGGCCAAGCACCGUCUCUACAAGGGGCUCAAGUCAAACAACAUGCUUGGCACAUAUGAGUUCAGUGACUUUCCCAUGGACGAAGCGACCUUUGGAGUGAAACCUGGACAGCACAUACCGGGCCAAGUUAUCCAACGGUACCUGGAAGCAUACUCAGAGCGCUUCGGAUUCUCUGACAGCAUUCGAUUGGCUCACCGAGUGGAAAGCGCACGACACAACCUGAAUGGGACAUGGCAGUUGACAGUAUCACACGAGUCUGGUACUACUAUCAUUGAGGCGAGAAAGCUGAUCGUGGCGACUGGCAUCACAUCCCAAGCCUACAUCCCUCCAUUUGAAGGCCAGGAUUCAUUCAAUGCGCCGAUAUUCCACUGCCGCGAUAUGUUGCAACACCAAGAUGCUGUUCUGCAGCCUGGAGAACGGGCAACUGUUUUUGGCGGCACGAAGUCCGGGUGGGAUGCGGCAUAUGCAUGCGCAACGUCUGGUAUGAAAGUUGAUUGGAUUAUUCGAAAGUCAGGACACGGUCCCGUCUGGAUGGCUCCUCCCUACGUGACGCCUUUGAAAAAGUGGCUAGAGAAGCUGGUGACUACACGUUUCCUCACAUGGUUCAGUCCUUGCAUUUGGGGUGAUGCCGACGGCUUCUCUGGCAUUCGCAACCUGUUGCAUGGCACCUGGCUAGGCCGAAAGGUUGUGGACACCUUCUGGAAAAUUCUAGCUUCGGACGUUGUCGAACUCAAUGGCUAUGACGGGCACCCAGAGUUGAAGAAGCUCAAACCUUGGGUCAGCCCAUUCUGGAUUGCUUCUUCACUGAGCAUUCUCAACUACCCCACGGACUUUUUUGACCUGGUCAGAGAUGGUACUAUCAGAGUGCACGUGGCUGAUCUGGAUCGACUGUCUGACCGAACUGUUCACCUGUCAUCAGGAGAGGAAUUACCAAGCUCUGCAUUGAUUUGUUCGACGGGAUGGCGCUCAACCCCAAACCUCAAGUUCCUACCCGAGGGUAUCGAUCGCGAACUAGGAUUCCCCUGGAGCACCGACCCACUCAACGAAGAGAUGGUGAAAGCCGCCGACCAAGAAAUUCUUCAGCGCUUCCCCAGACUCCAAGACCAGCCAUGCCCUAACCCCCAAUUCCGCCCGAUUCACGACGAGUCUGAAGCGGCUGUGCCUCAUCCUUUCCGCCUCGCCAAAUUCAUGGUGCCACUUUCGCUGGUGAAAGAGCGUUCUCUCGCCUUCAUGGGUAUUACCAUGACCAUCAACACAACACUCAUUGCCCAAGCUCAAGCAUUGUGGAUCUCAGCUUACUUCCGUGGAGACUUGACUCCGACGGCAAAUGAGAAAUGUCCAAUCGCUGUGCGCGCUUCCUCUGAUAUUAAGACUGGAGAUGUUGACGAAAUUGACCUCAUCUGGGAGACAGCAUUGCAUACUGAGUUUGGAAAGUAUCGCUAUCCAGCAGGGUUUGGGCGGCGCAAUCCCGACUUUGUCUUUGAUGCCAUCCCGUAUGUUGAUUUAAUGCUGCGCGAGCUAGGUCUACAGACACAGCGCAAGAAGGGCUUGCUCGCUCGAUGCUUCCAGCCAUACGGCACGGAGGAUUAUCGAGGUCUGGUGGAUGAGUGGAAGUCCAAGCAGCUCACACAAUGA